GAUGCGGUCAGGCUUCAAUGAGGGCUAUGUCGCGACACGCAUCUUAAUGGCUGGCAUCUCGCAGGCAGUGAUACUGUCUGCUAUCUGGAUAAAAGGCACUUACCUCGAGGCCCAAGUGACAAAUGAUCACUCCCAAGUGUACACGGACCACGGUUUCUCUUUCUAUUGGCUGGUGGCCCGAAGAUACCGAUCCCUUCAUUUACCUUUCAGGAAGCAUAGGGGUAAUUCCGGCCGCCCGUCUGAGCGAUAUCUACACAUUCGUCCUUGGUCACCAUAGCUACUGUAUCAUUGUCAUGGCAGCAGCCUCAAGCCCCCAACUGUUGCAGUGGGAAACGUGUGAUCCAUGGACUGUAAGUUCGCGCGUUAGUCUGGAACCAGACGUUUUGGGAAGGCGGGACAAGCCGCGCUGAGAGGCUCCCAAAGCGUCUGGAGACUUUCGUCUUAGGACGAGUGUAUC